GCCGCCGCCAGGGCCCGGGGGAGCAGCCGGCGCUGCCGCUGGCCAUGGUGGCGCGCCUGCCGCCGGGGGGGCAGGAGCAGGAGCAGGCGCGGCGGCCGCCAUUGCGCGCGGGGGCCGCGGGACUAUGAAGGAUGGAAGCGGACGAGGUGACGAUCCGCGAGCAGAACUUCCACAGCCAAGUGCGGGAGUACACGAUCUGUUUUCUCCUAUUUGCUGUUCUCUACAUAGUUUCCUACUUCAUAAUCACAAGAUACAAAAGGAAAGCAGAUGAGCAAGAGGAUGAAGAUGCUAUCGUUAACAGAAUAUCGCUGUUCUUGAGCACCUUCACUCUAGCAGUUUCAGCUGGUGCAGUCCUGCUUCUACCUUUCUCAAUAAUCAGCAAUGAGAUCCUGCUUUCUUUUCCACAAAACUACUAUAUUCAGUGGUUAAAUGGCUCACUAAUUCAUGGUUUAUGGAAUCUAGCUUCUCUUUUUUCAAAUUUAUGUUUGUUUGUGUUGAUGCCCUUUGCCUUUUUCUUCCUGGAAUCGGAAGGAUUUGCUGGCUUAAAAAAGGGCAUCAGAGCACGCAUUUUGGAAACCCUUGUAAUGCUUAUUCUUCUUGCACUGCUUAUCCUUGGAAUCGUAUGGGUGGCUUCAGCACUCAUAGACAAUGAUGCUGCCAGUAUGGAGUCUUUGUAUGACCUCUGGGAAUUCUACCUCCCAUAUUUAUAUUCCUGUAUAUCACUGAUGGGAUGCUUGUUACUUCUGUUAUGCACGCCAGUGGGACUUUCACGGAUGUUUACAGUGAUGGGUCAGUUGCUGGUGAAGCCAACAAUCCUUGAAGACCUAGAUGAGCAGAUGUAUAUCAUCACUUUAGAGGAAGAAGCAAUUCAGAGGCGGCUUAAUGGUGUAUCUUCCACGGUGGAAUACCAGACAGUAGAGUUGGAACGGGAGCUUGAAAAAGUGAAAAGCAAGAAAAUGAAUCUAGAACGGCGGAAAAAAGCUUCUGCUUGGGAAAGGAAUUUAGUCUAUCCAGCUGUUAUGAUAUUGCUACUGAUUGAGACGUCCAUCUCAGUCCUCUUAGUUGCUCUCAACAUUCUUUACCUGUUGGUUGAUGAGACUGCAAUGCCAAAGGGAUCAAGGGGGCCUGGAAUAGGAAAUGCCUCCCUAUCCACCUUUGGUUUUGUGGGAGCAGCACUUGAAAUCAUUUUGAUUUUCUAUCUUAUGGUGUCCUCUGUCGUCGGCUUCUACAGUCUUCGUUUUUUUGAAAAUUUCACUCCCAGGAAGGAUGACACAACUAUGACAAAGAUCAUUGGAAACUGUGUCUCAAUCUUGGUGCUGAGCUCUGCUUUGCCAGUGAUGUCAAGGACACUGGGAAUCACCAGAUUUGAUCUGCUUGGAGACUUCGGAAGGUUUAACUGGCUGGGAAACUUCUAUAUUGUAUUAUCUUACAACUUGCUUUUUGCUAUCAUGACAACAUUAUGUCUGGUCAGAAAGUUCACUUCCGCUGUGCGAGAAGAGCUCCUGAAGGCAUUAGGAUUAGAUAAACUUCAUCUGUCAAACAAUCCAAGAGACUCGGAGACAAAGCCAUCUGCAAAUGGGCAUCAGAAAACACUGUGAUUAACAAUCACCUGCAGUCAACAGAGCUGAAAACAUCAACCUCGUGGCAUUCCUGUCAUCUCAUCAGCAUUUUUAUAUUGAUUUUAUUUGUUGAUAAUUUGGGUCCAGCCUUGUCUCAUUUUUUGAUACUGUGUGCUUCUGAGGAAGUUAGGUAUAUCAGAUUCUUCUCUUUCCAGUGAACUUUUGGUCUGCUUGUUUAUUUCCCAGUAAGUUAAUGCAGGAGGUGCCUUGAAGACUGGAAGCUGAAGAGAAUAAUGCAUUCCUUUUUAUUUGUUGACAGUCUCACAUCUUUAGAUAUAAACCUGCUACCAUUUGAAUGCACAGUAUCUCCUGUGUUAUACAGACACAGCUAUAAAGAAUAACUUUGGGACUUGGUUAAAAAAAAAAAAAGAAGAAAAAAAGAUAUACUUCAAGCCCAAUGUGACCCUUACUGGAAAUGCAAACUACCUGGAGUAGGUAUCCUUGACAGUAGAUAAACAGUUCCACUAAGAACGUGUUAAAAAUGACAGUAACUGGUAGACAUCACAGUUGCUUUCAUGCUGGAUACAGUAGGCUGUUCGUAGGCUCAUGUCACAAAGCUUUCUCGGAAGGCCAGCGUUUUCAGCUUUCUGUUCUUACCUAUAAAUGCCAGGUUGCUUUACUGGUAGUCAGACAAUGUCUUAUCAAAUAGAGUGAAGUACAAGAUGAAGAUUAACUUCAGUGUUAAAUCUGAGCCUAGUAUGCUUUGUAAAAAGCUGUGUAGACCCCCUGUCACAGCUCUUACAGUUCUGUAAGCUAUUGUGCCAUGGAGGUCACUUACCCUACCAAGUAUAUCCCUGUAAAAUUCUUUAUGAACUACUGUGUAUAAGCAGUACUUGUAAUCAAUGCAAGUAGCACAGGCCUAGGAGGCUGCAAUUGCAGUUUUUUUACAAUCUUCUUUAAUUUGAAGUAAGUUAUUUCUCUGAAUUUAUACUAUAGUUACCGGGAUUUCUGUUCAGUGGCAUAAUCCAGUAUCUUUCACUAGCCUGUUUUUUAAUGUACACAUGACCAUGUAUAUAGGCCUACAUGUGUAGAUAUCAUAAAUUAAAUUCUAAGCUUAUAGAGAUGACAUAGGUGGCUUGGUAGUAGAACUUGUGUGUUCAGUCUUGGUAGUAUGAAUUUCUGCGGUGUUACAGUUUAACUGCUCAGAAGCCUUAGAUUCAGGAUGGCAUCGGUGGGUGGGAACGUCCUUUUUCUUGGCAUUACUGAAGCCUUAGGAAUCCUUUAAGCAGUUUAUAGUAAAGAAAAAAAACCUACCAACCAAAACCCAAGUAACUGUUCGAAAUCUGGUUGCACUUCUGUCCUGCUCUGCCACAAGUAAUCUUCAAACAGAUUGGAAUGGGGACACCUCCAGUGUGUGCCCGUUAUGUAGCGAGUCAGAUAACGUUCCUCUUUAUUUCCCAUUUUGUAAACCAAAUAUGUCUGUCUGUAGUUUGAGGUCUUAUACGGGAUCAAGCGGAUCAAGCUCUCCAGUGUGGUUCCAAAAUAAGAUAAACCUUGUGUCAGAAACUCUUUGGCUGUUCUCCUGAGAUGACUGCUCUGGGCUGUAGACCUUAUUGCUGUGUGUGUGAAUGGGAGCUUUUUUUUCCCCCCCCCCCCUAGAGUGCUUCAAAAAUCAAGCUCCAGUAUACAUGAGGAUUUCUCAGUUUUUUUUGUAGCUGCCUUUUCUGACUUGAACUGGGGCAUAAUGUAAAUAUUGCUGUAGUAAAUAUGAUGCUAGAGUUACUUUUUUUUUGUGUGAUUAGUAUAAGUUCAAGGCUUAUUAAACUGACUAUUGAUGUGUUGUACUGAGUCUUGGCAGACAAAGUAAAAUUGCUUAAUUUCACUAAGAUUUACAAGCAUCUUUUCUGUUGUUUAAUGCUGAUAUUUUAGUGAGAAAUCUUUAUCUGAGUCAAAGUUCUGCAACCAAGAACAGGGAGCUGUAAUUAAAAGUUGUUUUAAAAUGUGUUUACAUUUAAAAUAUUGGGAGAUUUAUUAUUAGGGGCGUCAUUCAGGUAUUCUCGGAGCUUGUAGCCUUAUGUAUUAGCAUUAUAGUUAAAAAUAACUGAAAUGUAUCCACUUGUCCAUGCAAGUGAUUGUGUGACCAAAAUUGUCCUCGUGUCUUAAUGGGGCUGGUGAAUUGUGGUGUGUGAGGCUAGUUAGCUUUAUUAAAAUAUUUCUAUUACAACUUUCAGACCGUUAUUUAAAUACACUCUGUGAAACUGCAGAAGUGAAUUUAAGGAAUAAAUCUAGGGAGUGUGAACCAGCAUAGGUCUUGCUCUUCAUGCUUUUGCAGAGAUGUUGGUCCUGGCAUCAGUGACCCAAGAACACAGAAAAAGACGGUAUUAUAAUGUGUAUGUGGUUUCUGGAAGGGAGUUGGGCAAUUACUGAAAUUGAGCAGAGACAGUUCCUGCUGAUAAGCACACAAGUUUCAGGCAAGACUGUAAAACUGUCUUUCAAAAUAAAUGUAACAGCCUUGCCUGUUCCCACCCCUUCUGCUGGAUUCUGCAGUCAGAGAGAUGUAUGGGUUAAGGCUACGUUAGUGAAGAUUUUACACUGAAAUAUGGAGGAUGGUUAAGGUGCUGUGUGGUUUCCAAGGUGGAUGAGAAAUUCAGAACUACCCCGUGCAACUACUGACAGUGUUUCGUUUUAAAAUCAGCUGUUUCUGUUGUGACACUGUCCACAUUAAAAUAUGCCUUUGGCCUUGAAAAUGACACGCUUAUGCAAAACUUCUUUACAGAUACAAUGCUACAGAUAUACUAUGUGUAAGAUACAGGUCGCUAUAUACUUUUCACAGGAGCAUAUGGUCACUUAAAUACAAACAACUGGUAAUUCAUUAAUGGAUAUUGACGAUACAUUCCUAGUAUUUUGACUCAUGUAGAGUCAGGUGGUCUAUACCUUCAAGGUAUAUACAGCUGAUCUUAGUAACAUUAACAUCUGCCUCACUUCUUAUGAGGCAAAAAGCACAUAAAUGCUUCCAUCUUCAACUAGAUACCACACAAGACCAAAAAAUAGAUGUAAACUAAGUGUUUUAAGUUAGCCGUUUCUUGGCUUUAUUCUGUGUUGGUAGCACAAUAUUAAAUGCAGUGGCAGAACUGUAAUAUUGUGGGAUUUCUAAGCAUAAAGCACACAUACUUACCACUUUAAGCUAAAAAAUAAUAGUAUUGGUUACUGUACAAGUAAAAGUUUUUGCAUUCGUAGGAAGCUUUGUUUACUGUCUGUAACGUGAUGUUUAUCUCUGCCCCUGUUCCUCCAAUACCUUUUAUCCUGUUGACUGUUUUAGUGUCAUAGAAAUUAAAGGAUUUGACAAGUUG